AUCGGCUAGUCCCUAAAUGGUGUCAAAAACUGACCGAGCCAUGCAAGUUUCGUACUACGGAAUACAUGAUUUGAGAAUAACGUUACCUUGCGGAACAUGUUAGGAAUGUUUAAGCUACGUUGUUGCAUCGAAGACAUGGCGUAAACAUGGAUUAUGUUGGUGGUUCAUGGACACGUGAGCCAACAAAUGCUGCGAAUUCGACCAUUUUAAUAUACUUGUUCUACCCAGGAAAGAGCUACAAUCACUCCCAAGGCGACUUUGAACGAAUGGGACGCAAGAUCACGUAGUAACCGAUGAUAAAUGAGGUGCAUGGCUUAAUACCAAAACAGCAAAGAUCUGUCGUUGUUGGUCCGGGAUACGUGAUGUCAGGAAACAAAUAGCCGUGCUGCCGGGUGCGUCAACUCCACCAACCUACAUAAGGGAGGUCGGUAAGGCUCAGCGAUGUAUGUGAGGAGCAUCGGACCGUAUACAAUCCAGACUUAUCCCGAUGUGUAUGGCCCAAGUUUUCCAAAGAUUCAUUUAAUGUCAACAACCUGUUAAACACGAUUCUAUAUAUAGGUGUCUAUCACUUUCCUGUAUAUAACACAGCAUCAUCCCCUCAAUAGCUGAUCGCCCAGUGUUCUCUAUAUUAUAACUUGAACAAUCACUUCCAAUAAUCCAGAAUGCGUCUAUUAGCUAUCCUUCUAGCCGGCCUGGCUGCCGUUGCAUUGGCAGCACCCGUUGAGGCUCCUACCGAGUUGAGCGAGCGUCAGUACAGACCCACGUACAAGGUGCACGCAGCACUGGAGGGCAAAGUGGCCGAUGCGGAAAAGCGCCAAUAUAGGCCUACGUAUAAAGUUCACAAGGCGCUCGAAGGGAAGGAGACCAUCGAUAAACGUCAAUACAGACCUACUUACAAGGUUCACGCAGAACUUGAGGGGAAGGAGACCGAGUAAAUGGAGUGGGCUUGCAAUAAGUGACCCCUCAACUCAUGGAUCACAAAUUGCGACAACGACGACACGGUGGCAUUAUUUGGUAUUAUAACAAACCCAACCAUUAUAUUAACAAGCCCACAAUUGCUAAACUGGAUAUAUUUGACAUAAAUGGAACCAAGAGAGCGUAAUAAGAAAAAGUAGGAAACAAGAUAUCGCCCCUAAAAUCCGCAUAUUCGGAUAUGUAUUGCUAGAAGACAUAAAUAUUUUAGUACUCGGCUAAAUACCUCGAUAUUCUCAUAUAUAACCCUAGUAGGCUCUGGCAGCAUGUGCGAAUUAAUAAAUUAAUAACAUUUGACUAUGAGAA